UCUAAGGAUGACGUUAGAAACUUUGAUUAUGCAACCUGGAAUCAAGCCUUCAAUGAUCAUGGUGGCUUAUGAUGAAUUGGUGCCAGUAUUCAAAGAUAUAACCGAAUUAUUUGGAGCAAAGCCUCAUCACAUAUCUUCCUCUUUUAAUUAUAAUGAACUAUUCCACAAGGCGUUACAGCAAGCUUGGGCUCAUUAUUCCAAAUGUAAAAAGGACAAUCAUACGAAAAGGCGGGAAUAUCAAGGAAAUUCAUCUCAGGGUGAAGGAGGAAUCAUAAUUCAUUAUCCCCCCUUCCUUAUAACAAUAUAUUUUUUAGAGGAUUUAUUUUAA